UGACGCGUAGACUCUUCCUGGUGUGUGGGGCACACGUGUGAGGGGUCCCUGGCCUGUGUCACUGCGGGAAACAUGGCUCAGAAGAGGCGCAAGGGAGCACGGGGGACGAAGAAGAAGAAGCAGCAGCGGGACGGAGGGGCGGAGGACAGUGACACCGGAGAGUUUGAUGUCAGCGCGGGGGUCCCGGAGCACGAUGAGGUGCAUCUCCCAUCGUUCCCAGCAGCAGAUGCUGGCUCAGACACAGAGCCGGACACCAGACAGCUGGUCCGAGCUCAGAACAAGAAGAAAAAGAAAUCGGGAGGUUUCCAGUCUAUGGGUCUUAGCUAUCCUGUCUUUAAAGGAGUGAUGAAGAAGGGUUACAAGGUGCCAACACCCAUUCAGAGAAAGGUAAUCCCAAUUAUUCUGGAUGGGAAAGAUGCGGUUGCUAUGGCUAGGACUGGCAGUGGGAAGACUGCCUGCUUCUUGAUCCCAAUGUUUGAGAAACUGAAGGCUCACAGUGCCCAGACUGGAGUUCGCGGGCUCAUCUUGUCACCUACCAGAGAGCUUGCCCUGCAGACGCUGAAAUUCACUAAAGAGCUCGGGAAAUUUACCGGCUUGAAGACUGCCCUUAUCUUGGGUGGAGACAGGAUGGAAGAUCAGUUUGCUGCUCUCCAUGAAAACCCCGACAUAAUUAUUGCCACGCCUGGUCGUCUAAUGCACGUAGCUGUUGAAAUGAACCUUAAGCUGCGUAGUGUAGAGUAUGUCGUGUUUGAUGAAGCAGACCGGCUGUUUGAGAUGGGCUUUGCUGAGCAGCUGCAGGAAAUUAUUUCCCGUCUUCCAGAAACUCGUCAGACUUUGCUAUUCUCUGCAACCUUACCCAAGAUGCUACUGGAAUUUGCACGGGCAGGUCUUACUGAACCGGUGCUGAUCCGUCUAGAUGUUGACUCAAAGCUUAGUGACCAGUUGUCGCUGUCCUUCUUACAUGUGCGGGCAGAGGAUAAACCCGCUGUGCUCCUUCAUCUCCUGCGCUGCAUUGUCAAACCUCAGGAACAAACAGUUAUCUUUGUGGCUACAAAACACCAUGCGGAGUACCUCAGAGAGUUGCUUGACAUGCAAGGUGUCCCCUGUUCCCACAUCUACAGUUCUCUUGAUCAAACUGCUAGGAAGAUUAACCUGGGCCUGUUCCUGCAUGGGAAAGUUUGUGCACUUUUGGUUACUGAUGUGGCUGCUCGAGGCAUAGACAUACCCAUGUUAGACAAUGUCAUCAAUUAUAAUUUCCCACCUAAGGCGAAGCUUUUCCUCCAUCGUGUUGGUCGAGUUGCGCGAGCAGGUCGAAGUGGCACAGCAUAUUCUCUUGUAGCACCAGAUGAAACACCAUAUGUGUAUGAUCUUCACCUCUUCCUUGGAAGGCCCUUGAAACUGGCAGGAGAUACAGGGACUUGUUCAGAAACAGACCUAGAUGGCGUUAUGGGACGAGUACCACAGAGCGUGAUAGAUGAUGAAGAUGCUCUGCUCAUCACAGACCGUGAGAGGUCCUUGGAGCUGCAAAACCUCCAUCAUGUGGCUGAGAAUGCAUACAAGCAAUACAGCAAGUCUAGACCAGCUCCUGCUCCUGAGUCCAUAAAAAGAGUUAAAGAAGCCAAUUACAACCAACUGGGCGUCCACCCUCUCUUCUGGUCUCGUCUUGGUGGGGAAGAAAUGCAGAGAUUGAAAUUCGUGGACUGCAUUAAAUCUUACAAAUCCAAAGCGACCAUCUUUGAAAUAAAUGCCACUAACAAGACCUCUGCAAGUGAGGUGAUGCGAGCAAAACGAAGUCGGGAUUUUGGAGUUAUCACCAAGUUCCAGCGGUUGCAGGAAGAGAAAGCGAAGGCUACGGUGCCGCCUGUGCUUGGGGCCAAAUCCAGUGUUGCGUCUAGCCAGGACAGUGCAGAAGAAACCAUUGAGGAGGUCUUUUCACAAGUACUUGGCAAGAGGAAGAGAGAAGAUGGAGGUCAGAAUGAAGGGAACAAGAAGAACAAGGGAGGUGUUUCUCAGGAUUCAGAAUAUUAUGUUCCAUACAGACCUAAAGACUUUGAGAGUGAGCGGGGCCUUAGCAUCGCAGGCAACAGCUUUGAGCAGGCAGCCGCAGGAGCAGUACUGGAUUUGCUGGGUGACCAUACUGAGGAUCUCAAAAAGACUAAGCACGUCAUGAAGUGGGACAGAAAGAAAAAGAAGUUUGUGGGAGCAGGAGGAAAUGAGAAUAAGAAGAAAAUAAAGACAGAGAGUGGACGAGUCAUUAGCAGUUCUUAUAAAUCUAACAUAUAUGAGGAUUGGAAGAAGAGAUACAAGAUUGAUGAUCAGGAUUCUGAAGAGGAAGAAGAAAGACAGACUGCAAACCCACAUAGAAAGGGCAGAGGUGGACGUAAAGGCUCUCGUGGAACACCUCGUUCUGAAGCUAACGGACCCCAUGGCAAGACCAAAUCUGAGCUGCGCAACAAGCAGCAGAUUCUGAAACAGAGGAAAGCAAAGGAAAAGCAACUCUUCUUACAAAAAGGUGGAAUGAAGAAUCUGAAAAACAAAACCAGGCAAAAGGUACACCAGAUGAAGAAAUCUGCGUUUGGCAGGGGCAAGAGCAAUGGUUUCAAGAAAGGGAAAAUGAAGAGAUAAAGACCACUUCACGGACUGCUACAGGAUUUGCCUUAACUCGUGAUCUCUGCUGCAUGAAGCCGAAAUCUAUGUGAUAAACCAUUAGCACUCGCACAUACAGUAGCUGUCUCCAAGGCCAGACAUUAUUUCAGCUUGAUACACACAAGGAAAGCAAUAAGAAACCUAGGCAUCUUAUUAUUGUCCCACCAAGAGACCGAAAACCAAGGAUUUUUAUGAUGUAUAUAAACAUUAAAUACAUCUGUACAAUGUAAUAAGUG